AUGAAGCCUACACAAGUUUUGAGCGAUCUGCUGUGCCUCGCUCCCUUGAUUGCCCAACCCGUCAAUGCAAUCGUUGGAGGAAGCGAUGCAUCUGCCGAGAGUGCACCAUUCGCAGUCGCCAUCUCCUCCAACCCGGAAUUCGGCAAUGCCUACACCUGUGGCGGUUCAUUGAUUAGCUCCAAAACUGUCCUCACAUCUGCCUAUUGUGUGGACGAAUCUUGCGCAACAUACUUCAAGGUCCGCGUUGGCGGUCUAGAGCACGCACUUGGAGAAAAAUUGACCUACACCCCAGCUACAACACAAGAAAACAAAACAGAUGAAGCAAUCCGUGUGCAGUAG